GCCAUAAGGUCUAUAACAGCAAAAUGAAUUUGGUUCUGAUUUUCAUUUUACCUCUGGUGCUCUCAGCAACAGAAAAAGAUGAUUCCGCAUAUGAUUCCUUGUCCACUGACUCGAAGUCAAGGUUUGCUAUGCUUGAUGAUGUCCGAAUUUUAGCUAAUGGCUUACUUCAGCUUGGACACGGCCUAAAAGACUUUGUCCACAAAACGAAGGGUCAAAUUAAUGAGAUCUUUCAAAAACUUAAUAUUUUUGACAAGUCCGUCACUGAUCUCUCUGAGCAAACAAAUGAGAUCAGAGAAAAAGAAGAAGAGCUUAAAGACACUACUUCAAAGCUGCAGGAAAAUAAUGAAGAGCUAAAGAACAUAUCUCGUAAAAUUAAUUCCCAAGUUGAAAACUUACUGCAAGACAAAAUACAUCUUCAAGCUAAAGUUGGGAGUCUGGAGGAGAAACUAUUUCAAAUGACUCAAGGAACAACAGAAGGUCAGGAGAUUAAAGAAAUAUCAUCACUGAAAAAUUUUGUGGAGCAGCAGGACGUGAAUAUCCGACAUCUGCUAAAAGUUGUACAAGAGCAGCACAUGCAACUUGACCAUCAAAAUGUUCAAAUAAAGGACCUAGAAGACAAGCUGAGCAAAGCAGAUCUCCAGGAGAGUGUUAAGAGUGUGUUGGCUGUCAGGAGAAGCAGGACAGGCUUCUUGAAUUUAAGCAAUUCAACAGAUGGAAUGGUGGAACAAAAUGACAGUCGUGACUGCAAUGACAUUUAUAACAGGGGAGAGAGAUCAAGCGGCAUUUACACUAUCAGGCCAAAUGGAAGCACAGCAUUUGAUGUAUACUGUGAAAUUACAUCAGAAAGCGCAAACACAGUAAUCCAGAGACGAACUGAUGGGUCCGUGGAUUUUAACCAGACCUGGGAAACUUACUUAAAUGGCUUUGGAGAACUUACAGGUGAAUUUUGGCUAGGCCUUGAGAAGAUCCAUGCCAUUUCUCAGCAAGCAGAUUAUAUACUGCAUAUAGAGUUGCAGGACUGGAAGGAGAACUGGCGAUUUGUGGAAUAUAUGUUCACUCUCGGAAAUCAAGAUACAAGUUAUGCUCUUCAGCUUACACAUGUCUCGGGAAACAUUCCCAGCGCUCUCCCCGAACAGAGAGAGAUACUGUUUUCAACAAGUGACCAGAAUUCUGGGGAUUUGAAAUGUCCAGCAGAAACUUUUUCAGGUGGAUGGUGGAAUACUGCAUGCAGUGGAACAAAUCUAAAUGGGAAGUACAUAAAACAAAGACCAAGGACAAAACUGGACAGAAGAAGAGGGCAAGGCAUAUACUGGAAAUCGGAGAAGGGGAGGUUAUACUCACUUAAAUCUACAAAGAUUAUGCUCUAUCGUACAGACCUUGACAGUUUUGAAUAAGGCAAUGUGUUCUUAUAGCAUUUAGUCUUGUACGUCCCAUCCAUCAGAAAUGAUAGAGUAAAAUCUGAAUGUGUUACAAUAGAGUUGAAUUACUAGCUGUAAAAUGGGAUUUGGUGAUCUGGAAAUAGAUCUUAAACAGCA